AUGGCUUCAUACGGGCUGCUGGGUCAGCCAGAAGAAGAUGCGCUUCACAAGUCGCGUCUUCUGAACGUCGAAGAAAAGCCAUUCAAGCGCAUCUCUAAACGCAUUCUCAAUCCCGAGUCACUUGUCGUCACCAACUCCUCUCUCCUCCCCACCCCUCCUCCCGAGGACGACAUCGAUGCGACCGCAGCCGCAGAAUCCGAGAAGCAAAACCGCUUAGAAGAAUGGCGCCACUUUCGCGAAGACGUUACGCUCGACUUUGCUGCCUUCGAGGGCAGCAUCGCUCGCAUUCAAUUUCUGUUUACAAGUAACGAAGAGGAGCGCCAGCGGUACGCGACCGAGAAACUUCGCAUCCUGUCAACGAUGCAUGCCGUUCGCGAAAAUACCACCGAUCUGCGUGCCCAACUUGAGGAAGCUCAGCGAUUACUGGCCUUACGAAAGAGCUAUGACGAUCUGGCCGACAAAAUCACCAGUAACCGCUUGCUGAAGCCGCGCGAGGACCAGCAGGCAAAUCUACAGAAGCUGCAACUGGAGAUUACGGAGCUGGAGAAGGAAAGCAAGGAUUAUGCGAAGACUUGGGCGGAGCGACGGGAACAAUUCGGUCGCAUUGUGGAAGAAGGCAUGCAGUUGCGCCGCUUGAUUCGCGAUGAAAAAGAAGAAGUCGAGCGAAGAGAAGGCAUGCAAGAGGGCGAGGAUGGUGAUGAAGGCGACGUCUCGUCUAAAGGCAAACUCAGCGCUGCCACCAGCCCUCGUCCGGAUAAUGAGAGUUUGACUCCAUCGCAGAGCCAAGAUGAAGGCAGAUUGCGGGUUGAGAAUGGGCCUGGGUCUGCCAGGCCUGCAUCGCCUUUGCGGCAAGUCAUAAGUGCCAAUGGUACCAAGGAUCAGGAUGAUACCAACAUGGUGGACGAGGGUGAGAUCACUGUUGAGGAUGCUGGAGAACAAUCGGAUGAGCUCGAGGAAGGUGAAGAACUCCCGGACGAGAAGAUGGAUAUGACUUGA